CUCGACAGGCAGCUUCCAUCAUGUCACGUGAUACCAGUAGGGGUUUCUGCAGGAACCAAGGAAGCCAUCCGUCAGCUUCGCCGUUGACGUGUGCUGCUUGCGCCUGAAGCUGGAUAACUCGAGCAAGGUCCAUCUGCAACUCUCGGACCACUUCUCUUCGCUUUCCCAUUCACACGCAUUUCCCUUUAGUUUUCCUCUCUUUCUUCCCCCACGUCGCAUCGCUGCUGGGGGCAUACCUCGAUUAUACCUACGCUACCGCCGUCGGCAGUCGCCCCAUCGCCGCUUCGUCAAAGCCCUUGCCUAGAAGCAAGAUAGUAUAAUACUCAUCGCAACGAAGGGUUGUUGGAAAUGGUUGGGCUAUCGUCAGCAGCAGGCCUGGUCGGUUUCCUCUCGGAGCCGGAUCCAGAGCUGCAGGUCUUUGCUUUGAAGACUCUGGAUGCCGAGGUGGACACACUCUGGACAGAGAUCGUCGAUGCUAUUCCGCAAAUAGAGGCCCUCUACGAAGAUGAGACGUUUCCGGAGAGAGAGCUCGCCGCCUUGGUGGCUUCGAAGGUGUACUAUCACCUCCAGGAGUACAACGAGAGUAUGGUGUUUGCUCUAGGAGCAGGGAAGCUGUUCAACUUGGAUAAUGGUGGCGAGUAUGAAGAGACCAUAAUUGCGAAAUGUGUCGACACUUUUAUUGCUCUCUCAGCCUCUCGCAAGGCUGCCACAGGCGACCAGCCUGCAAAUCUCAACACCUCAUUUCCAAGCUCCGGCAACGGCGCCACGAGCACUUCCGCUAGUCUCACUUCUCCGAUCACACCUUUCUCUCAGUCUGCUCUACCUUCGAAGUCUCUGCUCUCUCGACAGGAAGUGCCUGGUGUCGAUGCUGGCUAUCCUGGUGGGGACGAUGCUAGUGUACAACAGACCGAAACCCCUCUUGUGUUAAAGAGAGGCGUUCAGGGUCAACUGAAGAAUGUCAUACAGAGUCUAUUUGAGCGCUGCUUUGAGCAGAAGCGUUAUCGCCAAGUGGUCGGAGUCGCGAUUGAAGCCAAGAACUUAGACGUGCUACGUCGAGCGCUUGAGCAAGCCAGUGAGGAUGAUCAGGAGCUCCACGGCGAGUCCUCAAGGCGCGGUGAGGAGCUUAUUGAAUACGCUUUGGAUAUCUGCAUGAGCAUCGUUCAGGAACGUGCUUUCCGCAAUGACAUUCUGAAGCUCAUUCUUGAACUUCUGAAUGAGAUCCCAUCGCCUGACUACUUCUCUAUUGCCAAGUGUGUAGUCUAUCUGAACGAGCACUCGAUGGCAUCAGCCAUUCUGCGCCAGCUCGUCGAAAAGGGCGACCCAAGAUCCCUUGCCGUCGCCUACCAGAUCUCCUUUGACCUCUAUGACAACAGCACACAGGAGUUCCUCAAGAAGGUACGCCAGGAGAUUGCUGCUCUCGUGCCUGAAGCGAACGAGUCAGGGAACGAGCAGGAAAACGGAGAAAAUGCCAAGGAGUCCGACUCGUUGCUCCAGGGAGCCGCGUCGCUCGGUGGCGGUGCUGGUCAGGUCAAGCUUUCAGACGACGCCCGAAAGGCCUUCCAAGCUAUUCGCGACAUUCUUGAUGGUCUGAAGACAAUCCAGUUGAAUCUCGAGUUCCUCUACCGGAGUAACAAGGCCGACAUCUCGAUUCUGAAUAAGAUUCGGGACAGUCUUGAGGCGCGCAAUUCCAUUUUCCACACGGCUGUAACACUCUCUAAUGCCUUUAUGCACGCCGGAACAACACACGACAAGUUCUUCCGUGACAAUCUGGAAUGGCUUGGAAAGGCCGUCAACUGGUCUAAAUUCACGGCGACUGCCGCACUUGGUGUGAUCCACCGUGGAAACCUGACUCAAGGACAGAAGCUUCUUGCUCCCUACCUGCCAAAGGAACAUAUCGCUGGUGUUGGAAGCACUGGUUCUGUUUACAGUCAGGGUGGUUCGCUUUACGCUUUUGGUCUGAUAUACGCUAAUCAUGGGGGAAUGGCUGUGGACAUGAUUCGCGACCACUUUAAGAAGGCUACGGAGGAAGUCGUGCAGCAUGGUGGUGCCCUGGGUCUGGGUGUUGCCGGAAUGGCUUCUGGAGAUGAGGGAAUCUACGAGGACCUGAAGAACGUCCUUUACACAGAUUCGGCUCUGAAUGGUGAAGCAGUGGGUCUGGCAAUGGGUCUGGUUAUGCUGGGCACUGGCAACAUGAAGGCUUUGGAGGACAUGAUCCAAUAUGCCCAUGACACUCAGCACGACAAGAUCGUGCGGGGCUUGGCUCUGGGUAUGGCUCUGAUCAUGUAUGGUCGUCAGGAGGCAGCGGAUGAGUUGAUCAAUGGGCUUCUUGGCGACCCCGACCCUACUCUCCGAUACGGUGGUAUCAUGGCUAUUGCCCUAGCAUACUGUGGUAGCGGCAGCAACAAGGCUGUUCGCAAGCUGCUGCAUGUGGCAGUUAGUGAUGUCAACGACGAUGUGCGACGAGCGGCUGUGAUGAGCUUAGGAUUCAUCCUUUUCAGAAAGCAUCAGAGCGUGCCCCGUAUGGUCGAACUGCUGUCGGAAUCUUACAACCCCCAUGUGCGGUAUGGAGCGGCCAUGGCCCUGGGUAUUUCUUGCGCCGGAACCGGUCUGGAUGAGGCGGUUGAUCUACUUGAGCCAAUGUUGAAGGAUCCUACGGACUUUGUCCGACAAGGUGCUCUGAUCUCUCUUGCAAUGGUCUUGGUGCAGCAGAACGAGGCCAUGAACCCCAAGGUUGGCACCAUUCGCAAGACGAUGAUGAAGAUGGUCGGAGACCGACACGAAGAUGCUAUGGCUAAGUUUGGAUGUGCUAUCGCACUCGGUAUCAUCGAUGCGGGCGGUCGAAACUGCACCAUUAGCCUGCAGACGCAAACUGGCAACCUCAACAUGCCCGCUAUCGUCGGAGCUGCUGUCUUCACCCAGUACUGGUACUGGUUCCCGCUGACGCACUUCCUGUCCCUCAGCUUCACGCCCACUGCCGUCAUUGGUGUGGACCAGAAGUUGGAGGUGCCCGUCUUCAAGUUCCACAGCAACACUCGGCCCAGUCUGUUUGACUAUCCUCCCGAGCAGCAGAUCAAGACCGACGAAGCUCCCGAGAAGGUCAAGACUGCCGUGCUGUCUACGACUGCUCAAGCCAAGCGACGUGCUCAGCGCCGUGAGAAGCAGCAGCGCCGGGAGAGUAUGGAUGUUGACCAGACGCCUACGACACCCAAGGUCUCUGGACAGCUGCCUGAGAAGAUGGAGACGGAUGAGGCCAAGGCAGAAGAGGAGGGCAAGGAGGCUGAGAAGGAGGCCGCAGCCGCCGAGAGCUCGAAGAAGAAGGCGGAGAAGGAGAAGGUUGGUUACGAACUGGAGAACAUGUCUCGAGUACUUCCGGCUCAGUUGAAGUACCUCACGUUCCCCGACCCCCGUUAUGAGCCUGUAAAGAGGCCCACCGGCGGGGUCGUCGUUGUACUAGACAAGCAACCGGCUGAGCCCCGAGAGACGAUUGAACUCCAGGCCAGCAAGGAGGUGAAGCAGGCGGCAGCACCAGAGACUCUGCAAGACCGACUACAAGCCGCCAUUGGCGCGGCCGCCCUGCAGUCAGCGCAGCGGGGAGGCCCUGCGGGAGCUGCCGCCGCGGCGGGCGUGCUGACGGCGGUGGACGAAGAUGAGAGCGGCGAGGAGGCACCGCUACCGCAGGAGUUCAACUACGAGACCGAAGGCGAGGAAUAGAGGUGGAUGGAUCGUGUCAUCUAGACGGAGCGGAAUAGUUAGAGACGCUCGAGAUCUGGUGUAUUACUAAACGACUGCGCAUUUCACGAGUGUAUUUGGGAUAGCGAGCGUAGAAAGCCGCCUAUCAAUUUACUCCAGAAUUUUCUUACCACUAGGACCUGGAAUGGUUGCUGUAGUAGGGAGUGUUCUAACAGAUGUCUCACUGACGGGAGCUCUUGCAUAGGAAGAUCAUCCAUACCGAUGUAAUAUUAAUAGUAAUAGUAAUGUAUGGUAUUAUUUUAUGUGUCACAUGGCAAGCGAGGG